AUGGCGAAUCCAACGGCGGAAUGGGAGCGAGUGGGAGGCAAAUUCUACCGCAAGAUUCAACUCUACACAGCCGUAUUCGACCAGGACCUGGAGCUUGAGAACUAUAUUGUGACAGGAUGCUCUUAUGGAGGCGCCAUAGCUCUACAUCGAGAUGAGACUAAGCUCCACUCUUUCCGAGGAUCACAAGCUUCAAAAUCUAGCAUAGACCUCUACAGCUGUGCUGGGAAAUUGAUCCGUCGAAUCAACUGGGACAAGGGGUCUAUUAAAGGUUUAGGCUGGUCAGAAGAAGAGAAGCUCAUAGUAGUGACAGCAGAUGGCACUGUGCGUUGUUAUGAUCUGCAAGGAGACUUUUCCCAGUUCUCUCUUGGGCAUGGGUCUGAGGAAUAUGGCGUCGCGGCUUGCAGGUUCUACGGCACUGGCUUCGUAGCACUCCUAUCAAACAACCAUCUGAUAGCGGUCUCGCGGUUGGAUGAGCCCCGGCCAAAGGAACUCGCUGUGCCUCCAGAGGGCGAUGUACAUUCCUGGACGCUCAUUGCUCCAGCAUAUACUCUUUCCCGAUCAGUAGAAGUCCUCUUGAGUAUUGGUCAAACAAUCUAUGUUGUCGAUGCAACCGAGUCAGAAGAUCGUAUGCUAGAUAUAGGUCCUUUCACGCACAUUAGUGUCUCCCCCAAUGGCCGAUUUGUUGCCCUCUACACCGAAACCGGAAAGGCAUAUGUCAUUACGAGUGAUUUCCAAAAUAGACUUAGCGAGCACGAUUCAAAGUCUAAGAUCCCUCCGAAGGAUGUUCAGUGGUGCGGUAACGAUGCUGUCGUAAUAGCUUGGGAGGACGAGGUACAUAUAAUUGGACCAAAUAAUGCAGCAGCAAAGUAUUUUUAUGACGGACGAGUCCACUUAAUCGCAGACCAUGAUGGAGUCCGUCUCAUCACGAAUGAGGUCUGCGACUUCUUACAGAAAGUACCAGAGGUUACUGAUGAAGUUUUUCGUUUUGGCACGGAAUCGUCAGCAUCAAUAUUACUUGAUGCAGUUGAGCAGCUAGAAAAUCAGUCACCAAAAGCAGACGAUAAUAUCCAGCUGAUCAGGCCAAAUCUAGUAGAAGCGGUAGAUACAUGUGUAAAAGCAGCCGGUCAAGAAUUCAGCAUACACUGGCAGAAACAGCUAUUGAAAGCGGCAUCCUUCGGAAAGUCAGUCCUCGAUAUCUACAACAGUGAUGAGUUCGUCGACAUGUGUGAAACACUACGAGUUCUCAAUGCAGUCCGGUAUUAUGAAAUCGGUCUGCCACUUUCGUACGAGCAGUUCCUCCGCCUCACACCCGAGAAGCUGGUUCAGCGUCUCAUCAACCGCGGAGAAUAUCUCCUCGCUCUCCGUAUCUCCUCCUACCUGCGCCUACCCACUGAUAGAAUCUACGUGCACUGGGCGUCUCAAAAGGUCCGCAUAGGUUCCGAAGACGAAGACACGAUAUGUAGUCUCAUUGUUGAGAAGCUCGCUGGCAAGCGUGGCAUCUCCUUUGAAGAAAUUGCACGAGCGGCCUACGAUGAGGGACGGGGGCGCCUCGCAACCGAGCUCCUCAACCACGAGCCACGAGCAGGCAAGCAAGUACCGCUCCUUCUCAAUAUGGAAGAAGAUGAAAUUGCUCUCGACAAAGCCAUCGAAAGUGGCGAUUCCGACCUCGUCUUCUUCGUCCUUUUACAUCUAAAGAAAAAACUGCCUCUCGCAUCGUUCUUCCGUGUAAUCAACACUCGCCCUGUAGCAACCUCUCUCAUCGAAGCCUCCGCGCAAGACGACGACGCCGAGCUCCUGAAAGACCUCUACUAUCAAGAUGACCGCCGCAUAGACGGGGCCAACGUCUUCGUGCGAGAAGCUUUGAAACAACCUGACUCCCGCACCGCGAUCGACAAGCUCGCACUAGCCGGCAAACUGCUCUCCGAUUCCAAGGAUAAUUCGCUGGAGUUGAAGGCGCUGCAAGAGGCGAGCACUUUGCUGAAGAUGCAGGAAGCAUUUGAUCGGGACUUGACGGAGUCGUUCACGGGUUUGAGUGUUAAUGAGACGAUUUUCAAGCUGAUUCGCUUGGGAUAUGCAAGUAGAGCGAAGAAAGUCCAGAGCGAGUUCAAGGUACCGGAGAAAACGGCUACAUGGCUCAGACUUCGAGCUCUCGUGGCAAAACGAGGCUGGAAUGAACUUGAGGAAUGGUCGAAAGCAAGACGAUCGCCUAUCGGUUGGGAGCCCUUCUUUACGCUCAUCCUAUCAGCCGGCAACCCCAAACUAGCUAGUAUAUUCAUCCCGAAAGCAGCGCCUUCUCUGCAAAGUGGUGAGACGAUACCCAUGUACGAGAAAUGCGGGAUGCGGGUGAAAGCCGCAGAGGAGGCUGUUAAGAUCAAGGAUGUCGAGGCGGUGGAUCGUUUGAGGAACGCGGCUGGUAUGGGGACUGUAGAGGGGAGGGAGAUUGAGAGGUUAGGGGCUGGACUGAAGAGGUGA